CGACGAUCAAGGAUCAACAAAACUCUAUUACGCUUCCAUCUUCUCUGCUCUACUGGACCUUUAUUCAGCACCACCAUUCCGGCAUUCCCUCGUUUUUGCAUCUAGUUGAAUCUAUGGAUACCAAUAGGAAAACUCACCCAGAUUGCAAAUACUCUGCAAACCCUUUCCAUGAAUGUGCUUCAGAUUGUUUAGAGAAGAUUUCUCAAGGCCGUGGAAAGAAGAGUUCAAAAAAGCAAGCUGCAACAAACAUUAGCUUCCCAGAGAGUUUAGGUAAGAAAAAGGUGGGAUCACAGCCACCCUCACCUCUGAACACAAGGCCAUAUCAGAACGGUACCGUAAAUUCACCAAGGGUUCAUCAGUCAAGACCUUCACCAGUAUCCGUGCCACAGAGGACAACAGUUCCAGAAACGAACAGAGUUUUCCCCUCUCUAUCAUCUGAUGAAGUCUCUCUUAACUUCAACGGUCAACAUGAUUCUAUCAACCAUAAGCCAGAGAAGCCCUCGCAAAUGUCGGAUCGCACCAAAACCGUAUCACCAAGACUUCGGGAGCAUGAACACAACGGCAAAAAUGACACAGCCAGUGAAAUCAGUGAAUUCAAUGCUUUAAGCCCUCCAAGGUCUUACGCCAAUGAUGAUGAUGAUGAUGAUGAGAACGGAGUAGAGCUCGACCUUCAAUCAGUAAUAUCAGACUCGUUUGUUUCAGUUGGAAAAUACCGUGUCAACUCUGGUGUCUCCACAACCCUGCGGUCAAUCAUAGACAAACACGGAGACAUAGCUGCAAACUGCAAGCUAGAAUCAGCAUCGAUGAGAUCAAGAUACCUAGAGUGCUUAUGCUCAAUGAUGCAAGAACUUGGCUCAACCCCGGUUGCACAGUUGACUGAACUGACAGUGAAAGAGAUGCUUGCGGUUAUUAAGGACUUGGAGUCUGUGAACAUCGAUGUUGGUUGGUUACGUUCUGUUCUUGAGGAGUUUGCUCGGUUUCAAGAAAACGCUGACUCGGAGAAAGAGAGAGAAGAAGGAUCAGUGAGGUCUAAGAAACAAGAAAUGGAAAUUCAUGAAGCAGAUUUGGCCAGGAAAGAGGAGGAAGUAAGAGAAGUGAGGUUGAGGGUGGAGGAGAUGAAGGCGGAACUGGCUGAGCUUGAGGCAGAGAGGUUGCGGAUGGAAGAGAUGGGAUUUAAGGUUGAUAAGUUUAAAGGGAGGUCGUUUCUUGAUGAGCUCCUUUGAUGUUAAUAGGAGUAGUUAAACUCAAUACAUACAUACUUCAAUACAUACAUAUUUCAUAAAUUCUUAAUUCUUUUAAGGUAUUAUGUUAUUCAUAUU